AUGAAAACGGGGAGGAGUCGGAUGAACCUCCCAAAGUGGAAGUCCAGGAGAUUAAGGAGACUGACGCGUUCUACUCCAAAAAGUGUAAACUGUUCUAUAAGAAAGAGACGGAGUUCAAGGAGAAGGGAGUUGGAACGCUGCAUCUGAAAACCACCUCAGACGGAAAGACACAGCUGCUAGUCCGCGCUGACACCAACCUGGGUAACAUCCUGUUGAACAUCAUGGUCCAGCCCUCCAUACUCUGUUCCAGGAUGGGAAAGAACAACGUGAUGGUGAUGUGUGUUCCUAACCCUGUCGUGGACCACAACAACCCUACCAACCCUGUCGCCAUGCUCAUCAGGGUCAAAACAGCAGAGGACGCUGAUGAACUACACAACAUACUGGAGGAGAAGAAAGCUUAGAGGACGAGCCCCCUGGAGGGGUACAGGCUGGCCCCACUCCUCCCUUCUGCCUAUCAACUAACCCCAGGGCCAGUCCUGUACCCCUAGCCACCCCAGGUCCAGUCCUGUACCCCUCCACCCCAGGGCCAGUCCUGUACCCCCCUCCACCCCAGGGCCAGUCCUGUACCCCCCUCCACCCCAGGGCCAGUCCUGUACCCCUCCACCCCAGGGCCAGUCCUGUACCCCUCCACCCCAG